AAUUAAAAUAUAAUGAAAGAUAAAUAAUUUCUUAAAAAAAAAAUUUGCAAAUUAAUCAGAUCCAUCUCUAUCUACACCCUACUAUAUAAAUUUGCUUUACUGUCUUUCUUUCCCUCUCAUUUUCAUCUUCUUCUUCAGCUGCUGCUGCUGAAGAAAAUCAAAAUCCUAAUUCCUUUUUUUCUCUUACUUUUCAUACUUCUUUUCUUUUCAAUUCUCACUUUUUUGAAGAGAAAGAGAAAACGGUUAUGGAAGUUGCUGCUAGUGGUGGUGGUGGACCUCAGUUUGACCCUCGUACUGUCGAGGCUGUUUUCCGUGACUUCAAGGGUCGUAGAGCUGGCUUGAUCAAAGCUCUCACUUCUGAUGUUGAUGAAUUUUAUCAGCAGUGUGAUCCUGAGAAGGAGAAUCUUUGCCUGUAUGGAUAUCCUGGCGAGUUAUGGGAAGUUGCUUUACCUGCUGAAGAAGUUCCUCCCGAACUUCCAGAACCUGCAUUGGGCAUCAAUUUUGCCAGGGAUGGAAUGCAGGAAAAGGACUGGCUAUCUUUAGUCGCUGUUCACAGUGAUACUUGGCUACUCUCAGUUGCUUUCUACUUUGGGGCAAGAUUUGGUUUUGACAGAGCUGACAGGAAACGACUUUUCACUCUGAUUAAUGAUUUGCCAACAAUAUUUGAGGUUGUAACUGGAUCUGCUAAGAAACAGGCAAAGGAAAAGACAUCAGGCUCGAGCCACAACAGCAACAAAUCGAAGUCUGGAUCAAAAGCGCGUGCAUCUGAAUCGGCAAAGCAUUCAAAGCCGCCGGCAAAAGAAGAAGAUGAUGAAAUUGAUGAAGAAGAUGAAGAAGAUCAAGGGGAGUGUGCUGCAUGUGGUGAGAGCUAUGCAAAAGCACCUGAUGAGUUCUGGAUCUGUUGCGACAUAUGCGAGAAAUGGUAUCAUGGAAAAUGUGUCAAAAUCACUCCUGCCCGAGCGGAGCACAUCAAGCAGUACAAGUGUCCUGCAUGCAACAAUAAGAGGGUUCGGCCUUGAAUAUUGUAGGGUUGUGAGUUACUUCUUCUCACUGCUGUAACUCUAUGCUUGACAGCUAGCUAGUUAGUUGCUUAGACAUUCUAUGUUGUGCCAUUUUCGUGCGUUUCUGUUCCGUCAAUUUCUUUUGUGGAUAUAUUUAUUAAAUAUUUGAUAGUUGACGGGUUUUAAACAUGUGUCCGACUUUUUCCCUGUAUAUUGGGAUAUUUAUAUGUUCUUAGCACCUGGAAACAUAAUUGUUUGUGCAGAGAACAGUUUCGCUUUGCUACA